AUGAUAUCUUCAUUUCCGUCAUACGACGAAGAGCUUUUGAACAGCGCGUAUGCGAAUAUAAAUCUAAUCGCCGACAAAGCUUGGACUUUCGACAAGGAAGGAGAUUCAUUUCAAAAACUGAAUCAUUCUUUGUCGAUUCAGAAUUAUAAAUUGACUGCAAAGUACAAAGAAAAUGGUUCCUAUCAAACGAAAAGUGUUCGCGAUGUUAUUCCUAAUUCCCGUUUGGCCAGCUAUGGCAACUAUGAGUACAAUGAAGAACGCGAGAACACGUAUAAAACAGACGACAAUGAGGGCCCUGUUUCACUAUCGAAUUUCUGUUGGACGGAAGUUACCGAGCCAUGGAUGCUUCCGGAGGUCGAAAAGCACUUCGCCUGGUUAACUUCGAAUGGACCACGAUCGAAUCGUGAAUUAUCGGCAACAAGGAUACUGGAGCCUGACGAUGUGUCGAAGAUCGGAUGUGGUUUCAAGUCGCAUUGGGAUGAUUGUUUGCACAGUCAACACGUGCAGAGGUUGAGAUCGACAGAAAAGAAGAUCAGGACGAAUCAUGAAACGAGCAAAGAAGCAAACCUGAUCGAGUCAGAUCCUACCGAAAAGUUGGAUAAUUAUUACGAAUAUCAACGUUACACCAUCGAAAAUUCUAUGGAGAUGCAGCUACAUAUUCGCGUAACUAGUGACGCGGUUCGAAACUUAUGGAAAGUGGGCAGCAAUGUCCAACAGCAAUUUCUCCAACAGAAAAUGCGUUUGCAGUGUUAUCGUCUGCAACAGCCUCGAGAGCAGAAUUGCCAGAGCAAGGAACGCCAGCAACAAUUCUAUUAUACAGUCCAAUAUCGACCAUUAAUACUUAGAACGGAAUAUCAAGCAGCAAGAACCGAAACUUACGGAAUAAGGAAACAUUUGCCACCGGUUCUCAGUCCAGAAGUGCCGGAAUUUUUUCCAAAGGUGCCGGUGACAAGAUUCAACAGCAACAAGGAACAAAACGUUAAUCGCGUGCAAUAUUUCCCAUCCCUUAACGAGAGAAGUUAUCAAAACGAAUUAUUCCCUUACAACAGAACUUACGAAAAUACAGGAGCUAUAUACCAGGAAGUAAAAAAAGAUAUACUUGGAAGUUGUGAAUUUCAGAGUACAGGUAUACCAUUGUUGUCAGCUACCGAUGCGACAACGUUCAUUCGACCUCCUCAACAAUGGUAUCAAAGGAUACCACCACCAGCACAAAUACAAAUAUCCACCUCCUCCUCAACGCCAAUGUGUACAUCUGUACAACCUCUGCGAACUACUACUAUCACUCAUCAUCCCUUACAGGUAAAAUUAAUCAAAGAUAUAUUUCAGGUGCAAGACAAGUUUUUACAAUCGAAUCCUAUACCAAUACCUGUUUAUCAACAUCCUAUAGAAUUGUAUCAUGAAACAGGGCAAAAAAGGAAAAACCAAGGCGUUGAUUUUAAAAAUUUGAUACUGUUGACGAAAAAUGCAAUGAAGGCUCACCGUGGGCAACCAAAGAGCACGCAGCAUAAGCCUUCUCACUAUAUUGAAGGAAAAAAUCGAGCUUCGAAAUCAGAAUCCGAGGUCCUUCAAUGGUUGGACAAGAGUUGUCCAUCGAAAACGAAAGAUUUUUCUACUGCUAAUACCCUAGUCACGGAAUUGAGGAAUUUUGAGGAGAAAAAUGAUAGAAAAGCUUCCAAUACGAAACGAGAGAAGGAUAUCACGAGAAGUAGUGAACGGAUAAAAGCAGAAGUGCCAGGAUCGAACGCGAAGGCGAGCAGUGAAAGAGAUAAAAAUGAUACGCGAAACAGAAGAAGGCUUUAUAGAGAUGUCCUAACCAAUGCUUCUGCGAAUCAAACUACUUUGGAAAACGUAUUUGAAAAAAGGUACGAUGAAUUAGAACAACAAGCAAUGGAGCAAUAUAGAACUUCAGAGGAAUCUUUGGCGCUUAAAUAUCAAGUAUAAUAUUUUAUUCUUACAUUCAUUUACUUUAAAUCGUGAUGUUCGCUUCAUUUGCAAAUUUUGCGAAUACAUUUAAGAAAUUCACUAAAAUUAUUCGUAUGUAUCAAAAUAUAUCUUUUUAUCAUAAAUAUCACUAUCGAAUCGAAAUUGUUUUAUAAGAUAGAUACAUAUAUUUUAAAAGAUAACCAAUUUUGUU